AUGGGGUGCAAGCCCAUCUGCAGCGUUCCAGUCAAGUUCUCCCAAUACCUGUACUUCGUCGGCUUCCUGCUGACGGCCAUCUCCAGCUGGCUGCUGCGGGACUAUGGCGGCAGCGCGCUGGACUGGAGCCCGCUCAACGAGGCGCGUGCAACAGGGGCCCGGACGGGACCCAGCCAGCCCAUCGCCGACAGCAGUCGGUGUGUGGACCCCUCCGACCCGCAGUCCACCGCCUGCCUUGGGCAGCAGGCCGCGAUGCGCAUCUCCUUUGGCACCUUCCUCUUCUUUGCCCUGCACCUGCCUACUGGCCCCUCAAGCGCCUGCUUCGCCAUGGACAACACCUCGGUCAACGGCUUUGGCCAGGCAGCCCGAGUCUUCUCCGGAAUCUUCAUCGUCCUGCAGCUAGUCAUCAUCCUCGAGUUUGUGUAUGUGGUGAACGAGUGGCUGCUGGAGCGCGAGAAGUGCGCCUUCACGCUGGUGGUGGCCACGCUCCUGAUGAUUGCCGGCUCCUUUGUGGGCAUCGGCUUCCUGUACCAUUACUAUGCGCCCUCCUCCUCCUGCAGCCUCAACAUCUGGUUCAUCACAUCAGCCAUCCUGUUCUUCCUCGUCUACGCGGGCAUCUCCGUGUCCCCGCUGCGCCACGACAGCGCAGGCCUGUUCACCUCUGCCGCCGUCUACGCCUACGUCACAUACUACGUCUGGUCGGCGCUCAACAGCGAGCCCGCGGACGACGCGUGCGCCGCCACCUCGGCCGGCGCCAACAAGACCAUCCAGAUCAUCGGCUUUGUGCUGGCCAUCCUGGCGCUGGGCUUCAGCACCAUGAGCAGCGGCGUGAGCAGCCAGGCAUUCGACCUGGCCAAGGGCACCGGCACCGACGACGAGCAGCUGCCCUACCGACCCGACUUUUUCCACCUGAUGUUCAUGCUGGCCGCCUGCUACAUGCUGAUGCUGUUUGUCGGGUGGGACCUCGCGGGCAGCGGCGGCGACUUCAACCUGGACCAAGCUCGCCUGCCCAGCGCUGCACUGACACAACCACAAAUGUGUUCGUUGUGUGCGCGGUUGUGUUUGGGGGCAGGCUGGGGCUCCACCUGGGUCAAGAUGGCGGCCAGCUGGCUGUGCGCCGCGCUCUACACCUGGAGCCUGGUGGCGCACCGCGUGCUGAGCGGCCGCGAGUUCUAG